AUGUCAUCACAUUCAUACCAGAAUAACGUCGACACGCGGCCCGGCACUACGCCUCCGGAACCAGACGAGCUCUCCGCAUUGGACAAAUUAGAGAAGAAGGUCGGCGGUCCUUUCAGGAAACUAGCAGACGUUUGGGGUGCGGCCAUGGCGCCUCUGCCAACUGGGACUGGAGAUGGAUCGAAGCUGCAGCCAGAACCUACGGACGAGAGCGAGGCGUUGAAGAGGAUUGAAAACAACCUGCGAGAUUUCGCGAACUUCGGCUUCAGUGAUUAUGAGACGCUCACAAAGAUCGUUGCGAAUAAGAUAUCUGGCGAGCCGCAAGAUGACAAAGAGUAUAUGAUGGAAGCUCUAAUAAAAACGGCGGCUGAUCUACCGGAUGGUUCGACGAUGCGAGAUAAGUUGACGGGAGCUUUCCUCACACAGCUUUGGAAUGACCUCGAGCACCCGCCUCUUUCCUAUCUUGGAUCGCAGUACCAGUACCGUUCUGCAGACGGCUCUUUCAAUAGCCUCGUGCACCCGCAGCUGGGUGCCGCGAAUAUGCCGUACGCGCGGACCGUGAAGCCCAGCAUGAUGCAGACGCCGUGCCGGCCAGACGCUGGUGUCGUGUUCGACAGCGUUAUGACAAGGAAGCAUGCAGAGAAGCAUCCGAACGAGAUAUCCAGCGUGCUAUUCUACCUCGCUUCCAUCAUCAUCCACGACUGUUUCCGAACGGAUCACAGAGAUUAUUCCAACUCGCUCACAUCCUCAUACUUGGACCUGUCGCCGCUUUACGGCAGCAACCAAGAUGAGCAGAACCUCAUGCGUACAUUUGUCGACGGCAAGCUCAAGCCCGACGCCUUCUCAGAGCAGCGCCUCACAUUCUUCCCUCCCGGCGUAGGCUGUCUCCUCGUCAUGUUCAACCGCUUCCACAAUCACACCGUACAGAACCUCGCCCUCAUCAACGAGGGCAACCGCUUCCCCAAACCCGUCGCCCCGUCCGAUCCCAAAGAUGAGAAGGAAGUCGAAGCGUUCAAGGUGCAGCUCGCAAAGUACGACAACGACCUCUUUCAAACAGGACGUCUCAUCACUUGCGGCCUCUACGUCAACAUUAUCCUUAUCGACUACGUCCGCACGAUUCUGAAUCUGAACAGGACAGAUAGCAACUGGCAGCUGAACCCAAGGGCGGACAUCAAGGAUCUGCCGAUUGGUGUGGGUAAUCAGGUUUCUGCGGAGUUCAACCUAGUGUAUCGAUGGCAUUCGACCAUGUCUACGCGAGACGAGGAAUGGACGCAGCAGCUGUGGGAUAGGAUGUUUGGAAAAGGAAGGGACCCGAAGACAGUUGGAGCGCGCGAGUUCCUCAAGAAGCUGAACGAAGAGUACCAGAAGACGGAGAAGGAUCCCGGGAAGCGCACCUUCGCUGACCUGAAGCGCGAGGAGGAUGGCCGUAUUCCAGACCAGGCUCUGGUUGAUUAUUUGGUCUCCGGCAUCGAGGACUGCGCCAACAGCUUUGGGCCCAAUCGCGUGCCGGCCGUCAUGCGCGCCAUCGAGGUGCUCGGCAUCGAACAGAGCCGCGCGUGGAACCUAGGCUCCCUUAACGAAUUCAGGAAGUACUUUGGGCUUGAGCCGCACACGAGCUUUGAGGACAUCACCUCGGACAGGUAUGUUGCGGAGCAGCUGAAGCAUCUAUACGACCACCCCGACAAAGUCGAAAUUUAUCCUGGCAUCGUCGUCGAGGAUGCGAAGAAGGCCAUGGCGCCAGGCUCUGGCCUCACACCCUCGUACACCGUAUCCAGAGCAGUGCUAUCGGACGCUGUGGCACUUGUUAGAGGCGACCGUUUCUACACGCGCGACUAUAACCCUCGCACGCUCACAAACUGGGGCUACGCUCAAGCAGAAUCCGACACGGCCGUCGACAAUGGUUGCGUCUUUUACAAGCUCAUCCUGACCGCCUUUCCACAGCAUUUCUCCAACGACAGCGUGUACGCACACUACCCCCUGACCGUCCCAUCCGCAAUGAAAACCGCCCUGUCCCACCCUACGGUCAACAAAGCGCAUCUAUACGACUUCUCCAAGCCGGUCUUCACGCCGAAACCCAUCCCAGUGAGCGAGUACAAGACCGCCGUCGCGAUCCUAAAAGACCAGGAGACAUUCAAGGUGACGUGGGGCAAAGCGCUGGUAUACCUGAUGGGCGACCCAGCGAAAGACUUCAUGCUCACGGGCGACGGACCUAAGAACGCCAUUUCUCGCUCUCUCAUGGAAAAGGCACUGUACGUGACGGACUGGGAGAAGGAAGUCCGGUCGUAUUACGCUUCAAAGACGCGAGAACUUUUGGGCAGCAAGAGCGCCAAAAUCGCAGACUUCCAUCAAGUCGACAUCAUCCGAGAUGUUGGUAACCUCGCACACGUUCAUUUUGCGUCGGAAUUGUUUCAGCUCCCGCUUAAGACAGCGGAAGAACCACAUGGCAUAUUUACCGAGGCGGAAAUGUAUCUGUUGAUGAGCGGGGUGCUGGCGCUAAUUUUUUUCGACGCAGACCCCGUCUCCUCGUUCCCUUUGCACAUUAAAUCUCGAAAAGAGGUAAAGGUGCUGGGUGAGUAUGUCGAAGCAAAUGUCACCUCUAUCUCCAAGUUUGGCAAGGUACACGAGCUGGUGUCCAAGGUCUGGCCUUCAGAAAGCAAACUGAAGUCCUAUGGACUGCACUUCAUCCAAAGAUUGUUGGAUAGCGGGAUGGAGCCGAAACAGCUCGUCUGGGGCCAGAUGCUCGGCACCGCGGGUGGGAUGGUGUCUAAUCAGGGUCAACUCUUCGCGCAAAUCAUAGAGUACUUCCUUCUUGGCGACGGGCAAAAACACUGGACCGAAGUCCAAACCCUCGCUGCCAAGGACGACGAUGCUUCCUUCGACGCCCUCUCCCGGUACGUCCUCGAAGCAGGCCGAAUCGCUGGCGAAACAGCUGUCGUACGGGAGGUGGUCAAGAAUACCACAUUCACAGACCACGGUAAAGAAGUAGAGGUCAAGAAGGGGGAUAGGCUGUUUGUGAAUCUGCGCGCUGCGUCUCUCGACGCUACCGCUUUCCAUGACCCAGAGAAAUUGGAUACCACACGCCCGCUGGACUCUUACAUCCACCUCGGCACCGGACCGCACGCUUGUCUGGGCGUGCGGAUGACGAAAGUAGCGCUGACGGCUAUGGUGAAGGAGGUUGCGAAAUUAAAGGGGCUGAGGGCUGCGAAGGGGGCCCAAGGGAAGGUGCAUAAGGUUGAGCGAAGGGUUGGAGAGGGGGACGGAGGGGUAUUCCAUGCGUAUCUGACGGAGACGUGGGACCGGGUUUGGCCGUUUCCUUGUGCGUUGAAGGUCAAUUGGGAUGAUUGA